UGGAUAGGAACUCCAUGCAGAGCCCCCAGGAACUGCAAGGAGAUAGAUGAGACUUGGCUUCCAGCAGGAGUGGUGUGUCCAGAGUGGUUGGUGGGACCGGAAUCAGCUGGCCUUCAGCCUCAUGUCCCUGCUCCUAUAGCUCACACUGUGGCCUUUGGCAUGUCCUCCGUUUUCUGCUUAGAAAGUGUGGCAGUUGGACUAGAUUGUCAUGAAAUGCCAGGAGAGGGAGAGAGAGAAGGAAAUGAAUAUGAAUGAGAGACACAUUAUGAAUGAGAGUGAGUUUACAUGGUGCCGUUUUGGAUUCCCAGGAAGACAGAAGCUCUCUGAUCUCAGGCUGAGCCAGGAACUAUCUCCAUGGGAAGGGGCCGUGGUCCCAGGCAGAUUGGAUACAUUGCCACAUCCCUGUAGCCCUUGGUCCUUGCAUUCCACGGGUCCUUCACCAUUGCAUCAGCGAAGCACAGCACGCACAGGGUGACUUGGCCCCCGGGACACCACCCAUCCCGCCCCUCACCCGGACCCGCAGCCUCAUGGCCAUGUCCCUGUCGGGCAGUAGACGGGCCUCUGCUGGAUCCCGCAGUAGGGGCCCUUUGGGCCGCAGCGGCCUGGCAGUGUUCGCCCAGUGCCCGCAGCUGCCCGCCAGCCAGAACGAGCACCUGCCUCUUCUUCCUGCCUCCAGGCGCACCUCUCCAGUGAGCGUGCGGGAUGCCUACGGCACCUCUUCUCUCAGCAGCAGCAGCAACUCGGGCUCCUGCAAGGGCAGUGACAGCAGCCCCACGCCCAGGCGCUCCUUGAAGUACACGCUGUGCAGCGACAACCAUGGCAUCAAGCCGCCCACCCCCGAGCAGUACCUGACCCCGCUGCAGCAGAAGGAGGUAUGCAUCCGGCACCUUAAGGCCAGGCUGAAGGACACGCAGGACCGGCUCCAGGACCGGGACACAGAGAUCGAUGACCUGAAGACGCAGCUGUCACGCAUGCAGGAGGACUGGAUCGAGGAGGAGUGCCACCGCGUGGAAGCCCAGCUGGCCUUGAAGGAAGCCCGCAAGGAGAUCAAGCAGCUCAAGCAGGUCAUCGACACAGUCAAGAACAACCUGAUUGACAAGGACAAGGGGCUGCAGAAGUACUUUGUGGACAUCAACAUCCAGAACAAGAAGCUGGAGACACUGCUGCACAGCAUGGAGGUGGCCCAGAAUGGCACGGCCAAGGAGGACGGCACCGGGGAGUCAGCGGGUGGCUCUCCCGCCCGCUCCCUCACCCGCAGCUCCACCUACACCAAGCUCAGUGACCCAGCUGUCUGUGGGGACCGGCCCCCUGGGGACCAGCCUGGCUCCUACACGGAGGACGGGGCUGAUAGUGGCUUCGUGGCAAAUGAUGACACCAUGAGCCGGACGGACGCGCUGGAGGCCAGCAGCCUGCUGUCAUCGGGGGUGGACUGCGGCCCCGAGGAGGCCUCCCCGAACAGCUCGUUCAGCCUGGCUCCCCGCUUCCCGGCCAGCAACGCCUAUGCGAAGCUGCUGUGCGGCACGGAGGCCGGCGUGCAGGCCAGCUGCAUGCAGGAGCGCGCCAUCCAGACAGACUUCGUGCAGUACCAGCCUGACCCAGAUGCCAUCCUGGAGAAGGUGGCCAAGGCCCAGGUCUGCGGGACAGGUCCUGAGUCAGGGGACAGGUGCCCUGAGCCGGAUCCCCACCCCCCAGGGCCCAGAGACCCCAACUCGGCAGUGGUGGUGACAGUGGGUGAUGAGCUUGAGGUCCCAGAGCCCAUCACUCGUGGGCCGAGCCCGCACCGGCCUGGUGCCAACCCCAACUCCCGCCUGUCGGUGAGUGUGGCGUGCCCCGUGGAAGAGGAAGAGGAGGCAGCUUCCACCGAGAAGGAGCCCAAGAGCUACUGGAGCCGCCACUACAUUGUGGAUCUGCUGGCCGUGGUGGUGCCGGCCGUGCCCACGGUGGCCUGGCUCUGCCGCUCCCAGCGGCGCCAGGGCCAGCCCAUUUACAACAUCAGCUCCCUGCUGCGGGGCUGCUGCACCGUGGCCUUGCACUCCAUCCGCAGGAUCAGCUGCCGCUCGCUGGGCCCUAGCACCGCGGGCGGUGGCGGCUCUCAGCUCUGAGGAGGCCCGUCCCAGCCUGUGGCUUGGUGGCCAGACCGCUGAUUGUAGGGGUGCCGUCCUCCCUCUCACACAUUCCCGUGGGGUAUCAUCUUAUUUAUUUAGUUUUUGAUUUGGAAGUGCUUUUUCCAGGAUGGUAACAGUGUCGGGGGCUGGGAGUCGGGGAUUUGGGGGAGGUCACCCCGCAGCUUGGACAGGAGAGAAGGGAAGAGAGACCGGGGGCAGGGAGGCACACUGUUGGACAAAGCGCGGGGAGGGAACAUGGCGAAGUCCUCAACCCAGCCCCCUUCCACUUGGCCCUUCACAAGGGCAGCCCCUGCUCAGGAAGCCUCUGGUGUAUUGAUCUGGGGAGGCCGGGCCUCAGCUGCCCCAUCCCCCGCCCCUCCACAUCCUGUCCAGUUCCUGGGUCACUCCAUGCCACCCCUUGCCCUCUGCCCAGCUUCGGGGCCAGUAUUAUCCCCUCAGAAAGAGGCAGCUGCGACCCAAAGUACAGGCUCCUGACCAGGACUCCGAGCGGGCCUGGGACUGCCAGGCCCGGGCUGGAACUCCAGCCUCCUCAGUCUGCUCCCGCUUGGGUGCCAAGACAGUGAUUGGUACGAGGUGGCAGAGGGCAGUGUGGGUUUUGUGUCUGUCUGUCCCAGACCUUCUCCAUGAUCCACUCUCCCCCUGGUGCUCCUGGGUGUGUCUGAUAACUUUUCCUGUGAAUGCGAAGCCAGGCAGGCUCAGGGCUGGGGUAGGAGGGCUCCCCUCUGGAGUCCGCCCACAGGGAGCGGAGCCAGGGCUGGCAGCUCAGCGCCCCUCCAGCCUGGGAGAUGAGGCCCUGUGGUCUGGGAGGCUGCGCUGGGCUCAGCAGUCCCCAGCUGGCGUGGGAAGCCAGAGGCCACUACGGCCCCCGGAGCUCACCCUGGCUUUCUCUGGGGCCUCAGGCCCGACUUCUGCUUUGCACUAUAUUCACUUUGGGGCUCGGUUCCCUUGCAUCCCCAGAUCUCCAACAAGGUGGCUGCUUACUUUCUAGGGUGCGGGUGCCUGAAUCUUAGACUUAAUCUGCCUCAGGGGGCAUUUCUGGCAGGAUGAAUGGCAAGAUGGGGGACUGAAGCCAUGACGUCGUCCGGGCCAAAGCAGGUGCCCUGGGACGUGUCCCGGGUUGGGGUGGGGCGGGGCCGGUGGGAGCCCUGCCACCUCCUGCUCCCAACCAGAGCCCAGUAGGCCUGGGACGGUUCACUGUUCUCCCUCCUUCCCCAGGACCACCUCUGGGCCCCUCUGCAAAGCUGCUGACAUUUUACUACCAUUGUUACAAGGUAAAUCCAAUCAUUUUUCCCUGUGGGGUUUCCACCCAUCUGGUUGUCCUGCCCACUCUUCAGAGUUAGGCCCCACAUGUGAGGGAGUCGGUGGGGCCCUGUGUCCUACUCACCCCUCUGGCCUAGGGGCCACUCUGGUUCUCUGCCAAGGUUGCUUGCCCGCCCCUGCUGCCCCAGCAGCUGUUUCCUGACUCGCGGGCUCUGCCCUCCCUUUCUGCACCCUCCCCUCGAGGCGGGGCACCUGCAUGCACUGGGAGUGGGCGGCCACCAGCCAUCAGGGCGGUAGCCCCCUCUGCCACGCGCUUUGUGCCUCCAAAGCUCCCCCACCUCGGCCGGGGCCUCAGACCAGCCAUCCUUUGUGGAGCACCCCCGCCCCCGCCGAACUAAACCCGAACUCCUGGGGCCUGGCCAGGGCUGCCCCAAGGACACUGGGGUCGUGGCGCGGAGGGGCAGUGCGCAAACCCAAUCCAAAGCCAAGUCAGGACCGGCCGCGGCACCAGCAUCCUGUGCCGCGCAUACUCACGGAGCUGCAUAGUGUCUCCUUAGAAGUAGUCAGAGCUUUGCUGAGAAAAUAAAUGUAUGACUCUACUUGACAACAUAAAACCUAUGUAUUUUUCACCACUGGAAUUUAUUGGAGCUGCACAGCCCCUCUGCUCUUGUCUGUGUCUUGCUGUCUGUGGCUUUCCUAUUGUGUCUUGUGUUUUGGUGGACGUGGUUGGGGCUGGGGCCAUAGUCCACGCUGUCCCAGCUGCCGGAGAAGCCACUGGGGAAGGUCUGGCCUGGGCCUGGACCCAAGGCCUCCCAGUGAGGCGAGUGGGGCCAGCUGCCGCCCUCUGAGCCUGCUCUGGCCGGAGACCUGCGAGACCUGCCUGUCUGGGCCACAGGGGCCCUCGCCCACGGCACUGAGGGCCCUCUCUUUGGGCGGACUGGGGCAGGUGGGGCCUUCGACAGGCUUUUCUUUGUAUUCAAGGAGGAGGCAGCUUACUGGCCAGCCCUGGGACAGAGCCUGGGGCCACAGAGGCAGUGGCCCCGCAGGGCUCCCGUGUGUGCGUGUGCGUGUGCUCAGUGUCCACAUCUAUGCAAAAUGUGCAGCUCCAGGCGGCGGAGGUGCAGCGGCCUGUCCCCGGCUAUGCAGGGCACAGAACGUGGGGCCGGAGGGCAAGGCCAGGGGCUGGGCUGCUGAGUGUUCAUCCUCCAGGCACUUGCUUAAUACCUCCUCCCGCUGGGCUGUGACCUUUCCCUCCUGCCUUCGGCUUCUGGAGCAGAAAUCUCUGGGGCCUCCCCUUCCUCCAGCCUCGGCCAGAGCCGAUUAGACCCUAGGGGAUAGUGUUUCCAGGAGCUACUUUCUGGAACUGCUGCCUUGGAGCCCCGUGGUUGGAAGUGGCCUCUUGGUUGCAGCGUCCAGGCCAGAGCGGCCCUGCCACUCCCUGGGUCCAGGCUUGGGCAGGCAUCAGAGUUGGGGCUGGGACUCUGCACACAGAGCUGGCCUCGAGCGCAGUUUACGGACUGUCUCCCAAGGGGAUAACGUAGCUUUUCACUGAACACCCUUCCCAGUCACCACUCGCACAGCGGUAUCUGACAGCGCCUUGGGGAGGGGUGGGCAAAUGACAAGGUUCUGGGGCAAAGGUCUACUGAGGGGCCUCUGCCCAGUGACCUCAUGAUCUCCUCUCCGACCUAGGGGCGCAGUGCCCAUGAGUCACAGCGCACUCUUCUAUUCAGCCAUCCCCUCGACAGAAUUCAGGGGAUCCGGGAAGGGGGGAGGUGAGGAGGGGUAUUCACUUUUGUCUCCUUUGUCCUUUUGUUCUCACAGAGCUGUACCUGCAGCAGACAGCUCUGAAUUA